AUGGAGGACACAGCCUGUAAUGCAUCAGGAGACUCUCAGACUAUCUUCUACCUCACAGGCAUUCCCUCUCUGCAAAAAUCCCUCUUCCUUCCUGUCUUCUUCAUCUUUCUCCUCCUCUACCUGCUCAUCCUGCUGGGCAACACCCUGAUCCUGGUGGCUGUGGUAACAGAGCUCAGCCUGCACAAGCCCAUGUACUUCUUCCUAAUCAACCUCUCAGCUCUGGACAUCCUUUUCACCACAGCCACCGUCCCUAAGAUGCUGUCUCUAUUUCUGCUCGAGGACCGCUUCCUCAGUUUUUCUGCCUGCUUCCUGCAGAUGUAUUUGUUCCUGAACAUAACAGAAUUCUUCAUCCUGGUGGUCAUGGCCUAUGACCACUACGUGGCUAUCUGCCGUCCUCUGCACUACCCUGUCCACAUGACCCCACAGACCAACACUGCCCUGGCAGCCAGUGCCUGGAUCACUGCCCUCCUCCUGCCCAUCCCAGCAGUGACACAGACCUCUCAGAUGGCAUUUGACAAUAUCACCUACAUCUGCCACUGCUUCUGUGACCACCUGGCUGUGGUCCAGGCUUCCUGCUCAGACACCAGUCACCAGACCCUGAUGGGCUUCUGCAUUGCCAUGGUGGUAUCCUUCCUCCCCCUCCUCCUGGUGCUUCUCUCCUAUGCCCACAUCCUGGCCUCAGUGCUUCGCAUCAACUCCAAGGAAGGGAGUUCCAAAGCCUUCUCCACCUGCAGCUCCCACCUCCUGGUAGUGGGCACCUACUACUCCUCCAUUGCCAUAGCCUAUGUGGCCUACAGGACUGACCUGCCGCUAGACUUCCACAUCAUGGGUAAUGUGGUAUAUGCUAUCCUCACACCUGUCCUCAAUCCUCUCAUCUACACCCUGAGGAGCAAAGAUGUCAAGGCAGCCAUCACUAAAAUCAUAUAUAUCGAGACUCAGGCUUUGAUAAGGAUAUUAACCUUUAAAUCAAGUUAG